GCGUCCCGCCGCCGCCGCCAUGCCCCGAAAAAUCGAGGAAAUAAAAGACUUCCUGCUCACAGCCAGGAGAAAAGAUGCCAAAUCUGUCAAGAUCAAGAAAAACAAGGACAAUGUGAAGUUUAAAGUUCGAUGCAGCAGGUACCUGUACACAUUGGUCAUCACAGACAAAGAGAAGGCAGAGAAACUUAAACAGUGCCUGCCUCCUGGUUUGGCUGUGAAGGAGCUGAAGUGAAGGAAUCAUUCAAUGUUCCACCUGUAUUAAAAUGUAGGGGGAAAAAA